AUGACUCUGGAGUCUGAAGAGAGCAGUCCUAAAAAGGAGUUGAAAGAAAAUGGCCCUGAAAGAGAAUCUAAAAAGAAAAUACUCAAAUACGAUUAUGGAGAGAAUGGCCUUGCCAAAGAGUCUGAAGAGAGCAGUCCUAAAAAGGAGUUGAAAGAAAAUGGCCCUGAAAGAGAAUCUAAAAAGAAAAUACUCAAAUACGAUUAUGAAGAGAAUGGCCUUGCCAAAGAGUCUGAAGAGGAGGCUGGCCCCAAAAAAGAGUCUGAGGAGGAUGACUCAGAGAGAGAGUCUGAUGAAGACUGCUCUGAAAAACAGUCAGAAGAAGGCUCCGAAAAAGAAUUAGAAGAGAAUGGUCUUGAAAAAGAUUGUGAUGAGGAUGGCUCCGAAAAGGAGUCUCAUGGAAACGUUCCUGACAAAGAGUUUGAAGAAAAUGACUCUGAAAACUCAGAAUUUGAAAAUGAUGGCUCCGAGAGAGUGUUAGAUGAGGAAGGCCCAGAGAGAGAAUUUGGUGAAGACUCCGAUGAGAAGGAAGAAGAGGAAGAUAUGUAUGAAAAAGUAUUUGACGAUGAGUCCGAUGAGAAAGAGGGCGAAGAUGCGGAUGAGAAAGGGCUUGAAGAUGCUGAUGAAAAGGAGGAAGAAGAGGAUGCAGAUGGAAAGCUGUUUGAAGACUCCGACGAAAAGGAAGAUGAAGAUGCAGAGGGAAAGGGAGAUGAAGAUGUAGAGGGAAAGCUGUUUGAAGAUGACGAUUCCAAUGAGAAGUUGUUUGAUGAGGAGGAGGAUUCCAAUGAGAAGUUGUUUGACGAUUCUGAUGAGAGGGGGACUUCGGAUGGUUUGGGGAAUGCUAAGGAAGAGGAGCCCCCGUCCACAGGCAGCAGCUUUGUCCUCAGUAGUGAUGAUGAUGAUGAUGAUGAUGAUGAUGAUGAUGAU